UGUGCCGUGUGGAGAUUUCUGUAGCAAUAUCAAAAAGAAAACAAGUCACGUAACGUUGUUAUCGUCCUAGAUGCUAAGACCUCAAUGAAAAUACAGAGUAGGUACAGCUCAGGAAAUUGUCUAUCUCGAUAUCUGACAGGAAGAAUGCGAUUAUACUGAGGCGCGACGUAAAGAUUACACGUUACAUUUGGUACUCUAAAUCCUACGUCUUUGUAUUGUGAUAUACGAAGCAAAUACUCGCCACGGAAACAGUGUGAAGUGACGUAGGGAAGGCUUAGUUUUAGUCAACGUACAACUGAAUAAAAGGGCGGGUUACUGAACGCUUGUUAGCUUGUUCCCCCUGCAAUCCCCAUGGUGCACGCGACGGGCGCCAACCCGGCGACGGCGUGUCUGUCAUGGUGUCGCACGACCCCAUGUCCUGGAGUACGGCAGUUGCGCGCCGGGAACCGUCCCUGACGCCACACCAUGAAGCUGCACACCGCCUACAUUAUAUUUUUAAUUAAUUUAGUGCAAGUAACCGCGAAGAUUAGUGGCGGGCCGCGUGGCCGUUUUAGUAACCAUCAGACGCACGGUCAUCAUCACGUCAGUGCACACCACGCCCAUUACUCCUACCACCCUCCGAACCAAAUACAUUUCACGUGUCGUUAUUGUUCAUCGCCGUCCUCGUAUCCCGUCUACCACGGCCUGCCGCCGACCUACGUCUACAGAUUCAGAGAAUCCGGCAGCCGUUUCGGAGACUUACUGACGGGACUCGCUCUGUACAAUCUCGGGCGAUCGAUAACGGAGCAUUCACCGCACUCGCAUUACUAUGCGGCUCGCGAUGAUGAGAAGUGUUCAUUACAGGUCAUCGAAAGAUCACAUUUCGAAGAGACGAUCGUCCCCUGUUUUGUAAUGUCAAGUUUUAUGGAAAGCGUUGCGAGGCCAAAGGCUGAGUCACAUUUAGUGGAUAUAAAGUCGUCUCAUAUUGACGUUGAGCCAUUUCUGAAGAAUAGCGAUGAUUCAAUUAAGAUAACAAGAGACCAAGAAUGCGUGUUGUGGCAUAACAUGACGAUGCUAAAAGAGCGCAAUAACGUGCCUUGUGCGUUAUUGAAGGCGUAUUCGGAGACAAUGAAGCCUUCAGGAGUACCGGUGUACAUAUGGCUACCGGUGUUGGUGGUAACGGUGAUUAUUAUAUCGAUUUGCUGUCGAUUUUGGAGAGUCAAAAAGAAAAAUGAUUACAUUACCGACGAUGAUCUUUUUAGACAACCGCCGCACGGUAAUUACUAUCCCGAUGUUGUAAAAUAAAGCCGCGGGCCUAAUUUGUAUCUUAAGACAAGUUAUUCUAUAUUUCGUAGAAAAAUAAUUUUCGUGUUUGUAUUAAUAAUUAGAAAUGGGAAAGGCGCACAAAAAUACUGCAAUAAGAUUUUGAGUUAACAAAUAUUGUUUAUGUAGCUCAAUUACGGAACUUAAUAAGCUUUACAAAAUAUUUAUACUAAGUUACUUAAGUUUCUGAUAUAUUCAUAAUUGUUUUUUUACAUUUUUUUUUAAACGUGGUAUGUGUUUGAAUUUGUACUGCUUCUUAGCUAUAUUUUAUCUUUAUAGAAAGUUUUUAUACGAUGUAAUCUUUAGUGAUGGACGCGUAAAAUAAAGAAUAUGAUAUGGAGA